AUGGACGUCUACUCGUCGAGCAAGAGGCUUGAACUAGAUACUGGAACUCUGUCCGUGCUCGACGCCUUCCUGGACCGCCGCACUCUCGAGCAUCUCGCAUUAUCAGCCUCAUCCAUACCAAGCCAAGAUCUGGUCGCUAUAUUGGAGCGCCCUUCUUCGCUCGCCAACCUAUCCAUAGAGGAGGAAUACUUCACGGAUCUCUUUUGGCGGACUGACCCCGCCUCCGAUCCUGUCUACGUCUGA